AGUUUCCUUCACAAAUAGUUUUCACGUUCCAAGUUUAUGGACGUUGGAUGCUCGUUGAAUGGUUAAGAUCCCGGUCAGUGCAGUCAUACUAGCGCCAGGCUUACAGCGCCGAGUACCCGUCCACGCAACACCACCCGCUCCGGCAACCACGCCGCCCGCCGCCUCGCCGGCGAUAAUGGCGCCGCCGCCACCCGCUGUCCAGCUCUUCUCCCUUUCCCUCGCCCUCCUCCUCCUUGCCUCCUCGGCGUCAGCGGCGGAGGCGGAGGAGGAGGAGUUCACGGAGGAGCUGCUCCUGCGGCCGCUCCCCGACCGCAAGGCGCUCGCCCACUUCCAUUUCCGCUCCUCCGCGCCCCCCGCAGCCGCCGCCGGACGGCACUAUCACCUCUUCCCCAAGGCCAUCUCCCAGUUGGUCCACAAAUUUCGUAUUAGCGAAUUGGAGCUAUCUUUCACACAGGGAAGAUGGAACUAUGAGCAGUGGGGUGGAUCUGAUCCAAUGUCAACAAGUAAUGCCAAGCCUCCCGGUGUUGAGCUGUGGGCAGUUUUUGACCUUCCUUCGGCUGAGAUUGAUGCCACAUGGAAGAAUCUGACACAUACACUCUCUGGCCUGUUUUGUGCAUCCAUCAACUUUUUAGAGUCCUCUACUGCAUUUUCUGCUCCUCAUUGGGGAUUUAAAUUGAAUGAAGGCAAUCUGCGAUAUGGUGCAUUGCCUCGUGAAGCAGUAUGCACUGAAAAUCUGACACCUUGGCUGAAACUUCUUCCAUGUCGUGACAAAGCUGGGAUAGCUUCUUUGUUGUACAGGCCUUCAAUUUACAAAGGAUAUUACCAUUCCCAAAAGCUGAAAUUGAGAUCAUCCGAAUCACUUGGUACUAUUCUUGAUCAAACACUAUCAGUUGUGCUGCAACCAAAUACUGUUAGUGGUAAACAGCUACGUUCUAAUGAUGGACAUCUUCAGCCCAGCUGGUCCAUAAAACAUCUUUUUAACAGAAGGUUGUCAGGGAAAUGCCUUGUUUCUAAAUCCAGCAGAAUAUUCAUAGAGAUUGAUAAAGUCAUAAUUGGCAAAGUUAACAAAUCUGGAACUGAUGUUUCCUGGAAUAAUGAAUUCUUUGCAUUGUCCAGCGGCCCAGACAGGGUGAUCAAAGAGUUAAAUAACUUGAAAGUCCAAGCUUCUUCUUUAUACGAAUAUGAUGUUGGUAACUACAGUGAGGAUAAGCCUUUUGAUGUGGGCAUAACUUGGAAGGUUCCCCUGAGAUGGUCUUGCACCCCUUCACCUUUCCAUACAAGCAGAUUUCUUAUGGGUAGUGGAAAUGAAAGAGGGUCAAUUGCUCUGUCAUUUCUGUCCACUGAUCUUCAUAAGCAGAUAUAUGGCAGCUCAAAUGAUUGUUCAAUAAAGGCAGUUGUUUUCCAGGUUGUUCCGUGGUAUGUUAAGGUUUAUUAUCACAGCCUAGAAAUUUUUAUAGAUGGGAACAUAAAGGCUAUAUCAGAAGUAGUUGACAAGAUUCAUGUCACUCCUUCUGAAGAUAAGCUUUUGCCUGGUACUCUGGAGAUGCUGCUAAUAUUCCCUUGCGGUAUGCAAUCGGCUACUUUGACAUUGGACUUUGACAAGGGAUUCCUACAUAUAGAUGAAUAUCCUCCUGAUGCUAAUCAAGGAUUUGACAUUCCAUCAGCUUUGGUUAGCUUUCCUGAGUUUAAUUCUGCUCGAAGUUACCCAGAAAUUGAUUCAUCACUUGAAUCACCUUUGCUAGAAAAUUUCCAGGAAGACAGUGUUGUUAAGUCAUAUACAGAAGUAUUACUCGUUCCCUUGACAACUCCUGAUUUCAGCAUGCCAUACAAUGUUAUCACCUUCACUUGCACUGUCUUAGCUCUUUAUUUUGGCUCUCUAUUGAAUGCUUUGAGACGUAGGAUUGGCGAGGAAGAGAGGGAAUCGAAGAGAACAGCCACAAGGCGUGGGCUCGUCCCUCUGUUGGUGGCUAAGCUCAGGGGGCAGAAGGUCGAUCCAUCGGAGUCAAGAUCUUCACCUGAAUCGGCCGGGUCGAAGAAGCUGCUACUCAAGGUUGUAUGUGUUGCAGUAGCAGCUGUUCUAUUCCACUAUUUGUCAAAGAACAGUUGAGAAUUAACAUUGUUGUCGAGAAUUUUGGGCUAGUUCGGACUGUGGAGCUAGCCAUGGUGGUAGAAUGUACCAUCUUUUGUAGCAUACGAGCAUCCAGGCGUCCUUGUGCCAUCCUGGAGUUUUGAAAGAGGCUGCCUCCUUGAUUGCACCAGGUACAUCUGUCUGGGGACCCAGUACAAGUAUUUGUAGUUGAUCUAACCACUUCUACUGCGGUCCGCAGCAUCUGCGUUUGAGGUUCCUUUGGUUUGAAUUGCUAUCUCGUUGAUGCCUGAUGGUGUGUUAAAUUUGUACGUGUUUGGUGAGCUUUGCAAUGAGAGAUAUUGUCUUUUGAUCUAGCCUGGUGUUGCUGACGAAAUACAGAAUGUUGUAACAUCGUAACAAUGAUCUACUCAUGAAAACGUACCAAGAUGCUUGAAGUAAAGGUUCAGCAGAAGUGACAUUAUUAGCC